GAGCUAAGUUCACCCGAAGUGGCCGCGCAUGGGACAUCCACAUCAUCGUUCUUUCCUCCCACACCGUGCUUCCCCAAGUUCUUUCCUCCCACACGGUGCGCACCCAACCAAACCACCCAUCUUCCUCUGCUCAUAUUCUCAGUCACCCACACACACACAUACAGAGAUAGGCGAUGGCGUUUGGAGAAGAAAGAGAGAACUUCGUCUACAUAGCCAAGCUUGCAGAGCAAGCCGAGCGCUACGACGAAAUGGUGGAUGCGAUGAAGAAAGUGGCGAAGCUGGGAGUGGAGCUGACCGUGGAUGAGCGGAACCUGCUGUCCGUUGGAUACAAGAACGUGGUUGGAGCUCGCAGAGCGUCGUGGAGGAUUCUAUCGUCGAUCGAGCAGAAAGAGGAAGCCAAAGGGAACGAUCGGAACGUGGAGCGGAUCAAGGAGUACAUGCACAAGAUAGAGUCUGAGCUCUCCAGAAUUUGCAGCGACAUCAUGAUCGUCAUCGAUGAGCAUCUCAUCCCUGCGUGCAUGGCCGGAGAGUCCACCGUGUUCUUUUACAAAAUGAAAGGGGAUUAUUAUCGGUAUUUGGCGGAGUUCCAGACUGGUGAUGAGAGGGAAGAGGCUGCUGAUCAGUCGAAGAAAGCGUAUGAGACAGCUUCUACUACAGCAGAAACUGAUUUACCUUCUACUCAUCCCAUCAGACUGGGUUUGGCCUUGAACUUCUCUGUGUUUUAUUAUGAGAUUAUGAACUCUCCUGAAAGGGCCUGUUACCUGGCAAAGCAAGCUUUUGAUGAAGCCAUCUCGGAGUUGGAUAACUUGAGCGAGGACUCUUACAAAGACAGCACGUUAAUUAUGCAGCUCUUGAGGGACAACCUCACAUUGUGGACUUCUGACAUCCCAGAGAAUGAAGCUGAAGAAGCUCAGAAACUGGGCAGUUUUGCUAAAGCUGGUGUAGGUAAAGAUGCAGAGUGAAGUGAACUAGUCCGUGGCUUGGGGUUCAAAACGUGACGGGGAAAAUUGUUGCCUGCUGAGCUCUAGGGUGCCUUUACCCCCUCUCUCUCUCUCUCAAGAGGAAUUCUGGUUCUAUCCAUUUGUUGCUGUCCUGUGGCUUUUAUCUUUGUGAUUGUAGUUUCUCUUUGGAUUGUCAUCCCAUUUACAACCUCGAAAGUAUUUACCCUACGUGAUGUUGACUAAAUCUUCAGGUUUUAAAAGAUGUCUUGAUGCAUCCUUUUCUUCA